AUGUCCGAACGCCAGCCGUUACUCGGGGACCCCCAAACCACCCGACGAUAUGACCAGGACCAUGACAACGAGAACGAGAACGGCAGCGUCCAUGAUAAUCUGACCUCGAAGCAUCUGGUCGAUUUCGAUCCCAAUGGCGACCCGGAAAACCCGCGCGAGUGGCCGACGGCCUUUAAGUGGACCAUCGUGUCGUUGCUCGCAUGCAUGGCCUUUACCGUCACCUUCACCUGCAUCUCCGUCGUCCCCGUCGCCUCCCAAAUCGUCGCCGACCUCAACCAGGGCCACCCCGACCCCUCCGCCAGCGCCCUCCUCGUCACCAUCUGGGAACUAGGCGAAGCCGCCGGCCCCCUCCUGAUCGCCCCCCUCUCCGAGAUCCACGGCCGCUACCGCGUCCUCAACACCGCCAACCUGCUCUUCAUCGCCGCCGCCGUCCUCGCCGCCACCGCCCGCUCCCCGCUCCUCUUCAUCGCCUCGCGCUGCCUCACCGGCCUCGCCGUCGCCUCCAACGUCCUCAACCCGGCCAUCAUCGGCGACCUCUUCGACCCCGACGAGCGCGGCUCGGCCAUGAGCCUCGUCAUGCUGGCCCCCCUCGUCGGCGGCGCCGUCGGGCCCGCCAUCAGCGGCGCCAUCGCCCAGACCCUGGGGUGGCGGCAGGUCCUCUGGGUCGGCGUCGGCUUGGCCGUCGGCUGCGAGCUUCUUCUUCUCACCUGCUUCCGCGAGACGUACAAGGUGUCCAUCUUGCGGGGGCGCGUGGGGAAGCUGCGUCGCGAGGGGCAUGGCGACGUGUUCCUCGCCCCUUCGGCCGGCGGCGGGGAGAGCGUUGGGCUCUGGCAGUCGGUCAGGCGGCCGGUCGAGGUGCUUUUUGGUUCGGGGGUGUUGAUGGCGCUUUCGCUGUACGGGUCGGUCAGCUUUAGCUUCUUUUACACCAUGUCCAUCACCCUCGCCGACAUUCUGCACGACGUGUACGGGUUUUCGCCCGCCUUGACCGGGUCGGCCUUUAUGAGUUUUAGCCUCGGCUCCUUCGUCGCAGUAGGCCUCUGCAACGCCUACCUCGACCGCAUCUACAUCUCCCUCCGCAGCACCCGGUCCAAAACCGGCCAGGGCCGCCCCGAGUUCCGCCUCCCGCUCUCCAUCCUCGGCGGCUUCGCCCUCCCCUUCGCCGUCGUCGCCUACGGCUGGAUCGCCCAGCUCGCCCUCCCCGCCCCCUGGCUCCUCCUCGCCGUCGCCCUGCUGGGCUGCACCGAGCUGCUGGCCUUCAUCCCGCUGUCGGCCUACGCCGUGGAUGCCUUCGGCGCCUACUCGGCCUCCGCCAUGACGGGCGUCAUCGUCACGCGGUGUCUCAUGGGCACCUUCCUCCCGCUGAGCGUCGCGCCCAUGGUGGAGAGGUUUGGCGGGUACGGCUGGACGUUUACGGUGCUGGGGGGGCUGAGUCUUGUGCUGGCGCCGGUUCCGGUGGUGGUGAUGCGGUAUGGCCAUCGGUGGAGGCAGGCGUCGAGGUUUUCGAGGGAUGUUUUGGAGAGUUGA